CAUUUGUGUUUGAGUUAAAACAGAGACACUUAAAUAUUGAGGUUAAUUGGAAUCAACAUUUUCUCAAUUAAAUCAAUUUUCUUAUUAAAUCAGUUGAAUGUCUUUCCAUCAAAUGUUUCUAAUUGUGAGUCCAAAUGGACUAAUCAGAUUAUCUUGACAAGAUCAAUUUAAUUGGAAUAAUUAAUGGAAAACAAUUUACUUUCUUUCCAUGUGUUUCUAUAAAUAAGAAAUGUUUCUUUCUGGUGGAUCUUCAUUAAUUGUUGAUUGUUUCUUUUCUUAAUUAGUUGAGAUUAUUGGUCUAUUAUGAUUAAGAGAAAGAGUUAAUUGUGUUUUCACCUUAGAAAAGAAAAGAAUUGAAUUUUUUCUCUUCUAAUUCUCAUUAAUUUCUAACAUUAUGAGAUUUCGUUUUAAUUAUUUAUUGUGUUCACCUCAUGGUCCAUACAAGAGUUACCUACAUUUCUUAAUUUCUUUCAUCGCAAGUCUAACCCUUUGUUUAUAUUUCCAAAGGAAUGAGAAAGUAACUGUUAACCAGAAAUGUGAUGAAGGUAAAGUGUCAUCAUCAUCAUCACCAAAUCAUCAAGUUAAUUCUAAUUUGGAUCAAUCAUACGAAUCACUAUUACCAUUAAUUGAAAGCCUACGAAGGCCAACUGAUGAUGGUAAUAAACGUAAAUUGUUUAUCGGUGUAAUGACAGCACAGAAAUUCAUUGAUUAUCGGAUCAAUCACAUCAUGGAAACAUGGGGACAAGAUGCUAAGGAUUUUAUCGCCUUCUUUUCAAGCUCAUCAUCUAAAGACAAUCAUGGAUUACCAGUGAUCAAUUUACCAACAGUUGAUGAUUCCUAUCCACCUCAAAAGAAAUCAUUUCUCAUGUUAAAAUUUAUCCAUGAUCAUUUCAUUGAUUCAUAUGAAUGGUUCAUGAGAGCCGAUGAUGAUAUUUUCAUCAAUGUAGACAAAUUGAUUCAAUUUCUUGGCUCAGUAAAUUCAUCGAAACCUCAUCUAAUUGGACAAAUGGGAUUGGGUAAAAUUGAGGAACUCGGACAAUUAGGAUUAGGUGAUGAUGACAAUUUCUGUAUGGGUGGACCAGGUAUCAUAAUGAGUUCGGCAACAUUGAGAUCGAUGAUUCCUCACAUUGAAUAUUGUCUUAAACACCUUUACUCAACCCAUGAGGACGUUGAAAUAUCCCGAUGUGUUGGUACCUUUGUCGGGUUACCCUGUACUCGAUCCUAUCAAAUGCAAUCACUUUUGUAUCACAAUUUUUCCGGUCAAAUUGUUUGGUCCAAUCGUUUAAGGAAAAUACUGAAAACCGCUUUAACCUUACACCCGGUUAAAAAUUCAUCAACACUUUAUGAUAUUUAUUAUCAUAUGAUGCAAAUUGAUCAUGAAAAUAUAAGAUUUGAAAUAACUAAGAAUCACCGAGAUCUACGAAAUGUUGAACAUAAUUAUGGUGAUCUGAUUGAGAGACAAUUUAAUCUUCCACUCGAUCCACUGGUUCAUGGAGAUACAAAUUCAAUAGGAACACCGAUUGAAUUAACACCCAAAUCAAAAGAUCAAUGUUUACAUCGAUCCGAUCUAAUUACUUGGGAUUUUAUUGAUCGAUAUCAAUAUUCAGUUAAAAAUUCAAAUCCUCGAAGACGAAUCGAUGGAUCACUAAUACCUGCCUUGGAAUCAAAUUUGAUCAACAUUGUCAAUACAAUUAACAAAGGUUCUCAUUUUCGUGGUCGAAUUGUUGAUUUUAAAUCGCUUUAUUAUGGUUACACCAAAUUAGAUCCAUCGAAAGGAGUUUAUUAUAUUCUUGAUCUAUUGAUGACCUAUCGUCGAUACAAGGGACGGAAAUACACUUUACCUGUUCGAAAGCACACUUACAUCAUGCAAACAUUUUCUAAUCCAAUUUUCAAGGAAAUUAAAUCAUCAUCACAACCAUUGGAAUCAAUAACUGUCAACAUAAUUGUCCCACUUUCUGGACGAUUCAAACAGUUUCAACGAUUUAUCAAUAACUUUAUCCGAGUUAACAAAAAGGAUUCUAAUGUUAACCUUGCAUUCAUUUUAUUUCCCGAUGUAAUUGAUACAAGAAAUGUCUCAAUUCAAAUGAAAACAAUCAUAAUUAACUUGAUGAAUUCAGGUUUACCAAUACGAUUCGCUGAACUUGGUGGUCACUUUUCAAGAGCCGCUGGACUUCAACGAGGUGCAAGUCUAUUUAAAUCAAAUGAUUUACUAUUUUUCGUCGACAUUGAUAUAACAUUUAAUUUAAAUGCUAUCGAAAGGGUAAGACUUAAUACCAUUCAAGGUAAACAAGUUUAUUAUCCAAUAGUUUACAGUCAAUAUGAUAAUCAAUUUGAUAUUGAUUUUAAUUUCGAUCAACACUCUGAUUAUCAUAAUAAUGACAAUAAUAUAAUCAUUGAUUCAGUUCAUGGUUAUUGGAGGCAAUUCGGAUUUGGAAUUGUAUCAAUUUAUAAUAGUGAUUUAAUUAAUAACAAUGGAUUGAAUUUAUCCAUUCAAGGUUGGGGUAAGGAAGAUGUUGAUUUAUAUGAGAGACUUGUACAAUCAAAUUUAACUAUAUUUAGAUCACCCGAUUCUGGAUUAAUUCAUAUAUUUCAUCAAACUGAUUGUCCAAAUGGAUUACAUGGUAAUCAAUAUGAAAUGUGCCUCGGAAGUAAAUACAACAAUUUAGCUUCAAUUGAAACUAUGUCCAAAUAUAUUUAUCAUAACAAAAUAUUGUAACAUAUUGAUAAUCAUCAUCAAUUAGACAAAAAUAAUUAGUGCCAAAUCAUAAAAUAUGUAAAUCAUUUAUCAUGGUUGUUUUUAAUUUUUUAUCAUUAUAAAAUAUUAAUAAUAAUUAAACUGUAAUCAGAAUUAAGGAAUCAAUAAUUUCGGAUAU